CUGCUGCUGUCCAAUAACCAGCCAUGAUCCUCCAGGCGGCUGCACUCUGUGUCCUCUUCUGCUCCGUCCACAGUUUCACCGUUCAGGGUCCUUUAGAAAAAGGGGAGGAGUACUCUGGCAACACCAUUGAGGAUGACGAGUUCAGCGUCUCCACGCUGUUAGAGAAGGCCAAUAUUAAUGUUGGAAAGAACUUCGAUGACCCUCUGGUGAUGUUUGGUGACAUCGCGGUGCCAACAGGGCUAGAGAACGCCGAUCCCUGCACACGACGAGGUUGCUUGUGGCCCAAAGCCAGCGAUGGCAACGUCUACGUCCCCUACCGCAUCUCCAGAGACUACGACCGAAGACAGAGAAAUACCAUCAUCCAAGGUCUGCGUUCCUUCGCUGAUUCCACCUGCAUCCGCUUCACCCCCUUAAACAGACAGGCGGACUUUGUGGACAUCCAGUCACGCUCCGGCUGUUUCUCGUUUAUCGGGCGUCGGGGUCGAGGCCAGGUUGUGUCUUUGAGUCGCCAAGGUUGUGUUUUCCGGCAAAUCAUCCAACACGAGCUGCUGCACGCCCUGGGCUUCAACCAUGAGCAGACCCGGUCCGACCGGGACCAGCAUGUUCGCAUCUUGCUGGAUAACAUUAUUCCUGGAAUGCAGAGAAACUUCAGGAGGAUCCGAACAUUGAACCUUGGCACUCCCUACGACUACAACUCUAUCAUGCACUAUGGAAGGUUCGCCUUCUCUAGGAACAGGAUGCCGACCAUCCUUCCCAUCCCCGACAGCAAUGUCUCCAUCGGCAGAGCCACCCGGAUGAGUCCCACGGACAUCCUUCGGGUGAACCGCCUCUAUGGCUGCAAUUCGACUGCUCCCAGCCCUGACCUGAAACCUGUGCAAAGGAAGCAUUUCCUCUAGAGAUGGAAGUCUAUCGUCAACGCGAUGUAACGAAGUCAAGAGGAAAUGGGAUAAAGUGAUGCAACCUCUUUAUCUCGGUCAUCUAAGGACAACUACAAAUAAAGUGUCCAUCAUCAUAAAUGUAUCCCAACAUAACUAAAUGCUCAUGAGCUUGAUAUAUAUAUAUAUAUAUAUAUAUAUAUAUAUAUAUAUUAUUAAUGAAUAAUAAAAAAAUAUUCACAUAUCUUAA